AUGAAAGAAACUAUGUGUUUUCUGUUCCAGACAUGUAACAACGCAGCAAUAUGUUUGCUGUACAAAGGAGAAAUUGUAAGUGCAGCAGAGAUGCUGAAGAAUUAUCCAGAUGAUUUGAACGAGCCAGUGGCAAUCAAUUUCUUCACCAUUGCCGAACUCUCGUUUGCGAAUUUUGCUCAACAUAACGUAGCAUUUUUUGCGAAUCACUAA